GGCGAGCUCUCUCUGUGCCCCCGCUCUCCAAGACCGCUGAGAUGUCUGUGAAUGUGUCAAGAAUGUGUACAGCUGCCGAGUGCUACCCCACAUUACUGGUGUUCCUACUUUAGAGUCGUAUUUCAGAAUAUACUAUGCUCUCUUGUUGAUGUCGUUGCAAGGUCGGUAAAAACCUGUCCAGUUAUGAGUAGUGAAGUCGAUUAGUAAUAUGUGGGAUUCCGAAACUGUUAUGCGUUUGCGUUUACCGUGCGCCACGAGCCUGCCGCGUGUUGGAUUGUGUCGACAUCAGUUGGAGCACUGUCCACGGUGCUGAAAGUCAAGAGUCUUACCCUAAGUGGCGAACAGAGGCAGCUGAGGCGUUCCCGGGUAUAUGUAUAUGCAACUCAAAUCUUGAGAUGACGCGGAAAAGGCUGCAAUCUGUAGCUGUAUGGGGAUUCUUCGCGUGGGAAAUAGCUGUGUUGCUAAGUCUGGUGGCGUCUUUAGAGCCAGAGAGUCCUCGGGGGAGAGCAGUGCAUCCUCCGUCACCCUCCGACUUCUUGGACAAACUCAUGGGGAGAACCUCCGGCUACGAUGCCAGAAUUAGACCCAACUUUAAAGGUCCUCCUGUGAACGUAUCAUGCAACAUAUUCAUCAACAGCUUUGGCUCCAUAGCUGAGACUACAAUGGACUACAGAGUGAACAUCUUCCUCCGUCAAAAGUGGAACGACCCCAGGUUAGCGUACACAGAGUACCCUGACGGUUCUCUGGACCUGGACCCCUCUAUGUUGGACUCUAUCUGGAAACCUGACUUGUUCUUCGCCAACGAGAAAGGGGCCCAUUUCCACGAAGUCACCACAGACAACAAGCUGUUAAGAAUAUUCAAGAACGGCAACGUCCUCUAUUCUAUACGAUUGACAUUAACCCUCUCCUGUCCGAUGGACCUGAAGAACUUCCCCAUGGACGUGCAGACGUGUAUCAUGCAGCUAGAGAGCUUUGGCUACACAAUGAACGACCUGAUCUUUGAGUGGCAGGAGAAUGGACCAGUCCAGGUAGCUGAUGGGUUGACCCUCCCACAGUUCAUAAUGAAGGAUGAGACGGAUCUGAGAUACUGCACCAAGCACUAUAACACAGGGAAGUUCACGUGUAUCGAGGUGCGAUUCCACCUGGAGAGACAGAUGGGCUACUACCUGAUCCAGAUGUACAUCCCCAGCCUCCUCAUCGUCAUCCUCUCCUGGGUCUCCUUCUGGAUCAACAUGGACGCCGCGCCCGCCAGGGUGGCGCUGGGCAUCACCACCGUGCUCACCAUGACCACCCAGAGCUCCGGUUCUAGAACGUCUCUACCUAAGGUGUCCUAUGUGAAGGCCAUCGACAUCUGGAUGGCGGUGUGUCUGCUCUUCGUAUUCUCCGCUCUGCUCGAGUACGCCGCCGUCAACUUUGUCUCCAGGCAACACAAGGAACUCUUAAGACUCCGCCCGCGGAGAACGAAGAAGAAGGACGACGACGUGAGGGAGAGCCGCCUCAGCUUCACCACCACGACCGGCGGUGGCGGCACUGCUGUCAAGGACGGCACCAUCCCCAAGGCCACCAACAACGCCGCCACCACCCCGGGCGCCGCGGGGCCACAGCCCGCCCAGCACCCCAAGAAGGACCCGGCCGCCAAGAGCCACGAAGAGAUGAGAAAGCUGUUCAUCGACCGCGCCAAGAAGAUCGACACGGUAUCGCGGGCGGGUUUCCCCCUGGCCUUCCUGUUUUUUAACAUUUUCUACUGGGUCCUGUACAAGAUUCUCCGGGCUGAGGAUGUACACAAGGACUAGUACAGAACACUGCAGUACAGUAGGGUACAUUACAGUACAGCACAGUAGGGUACAUUACAGUACAGUACAGUAGGGUACAUUACAGUACAGUAUAGUAGGGUACAUUACAGUACAGUACAGUACAAUGACACAAGGGGGAAGAAGACCCCGGUCCCUCCUUACAAUGUGGGAACUGUUUCACAUUAACAUUUGGCAGUUCACCAACUACCUGGGGUUCCAAAACAAAGCCCUGCCAAGGUUUUAAAAAGAGGAUUAAGGAGAUGACUUAUACUCGGGAGAUGAACUGAGUAUUUACAGAGCAGAGUUAUGUCCGUAUCACCCAACAACAACAAGAGAGGACAGACACCGUGCUCACUAUGCAACUGGAGACCAGUUUGGAGUAUCGGACGAGUCCCACUUCACCAUCCCACACAAUGUGCAGUCAGAACAGGAGCAAUGCUUUUAUUCACCUCUGCAAACCCUCUGUCACGAACACACACACACACACACACACACACACACACACACUUGUGUCUUACAGCUUUACUGCCAAUGUUCUAUUACAGUACAGUUUCCAUACAACACUGGUAAACAAGUGAAAACUUCCAGUACACUCAAGUCCUUUGUAGAUUUUCCACCAGAUUAUAGUGUAUCUUUAUUAUAACCAUCAGAUGUUUGUUAUAAUUCUCAGACAUAAAAAGCUGCCACUUUGACACAUUUCCAACUCACUAUUGUGGGUUAAAUGUCCCGUCCCUAGUGCUACUCAUCACGUACAGAAACGUAAUUAACCUCUUUGUGACUUUGUUGAGUGAUUCAACUCCCCAGGUCCACACUCAGCACAAACUCAACUACGGUGUGAACAUGUUUUUUUCUCACCUUAAUUUCCUUCAUUUCCUUAUUUCCACAAAAUUAUGAUUCACUGUUCACUGUUCCGUUCACUCGGUCAAACAAGCCACUGCCGAAACACUCAUGUCAAACAGGGGGCCAAAUAUGUGAAAGCAUCCACCUUAAAUUACCUAGAAUCUCAACACAAGCUAACAAAGGAUCGACCAAAGAGGUAACCGACUGAGAAAAACUGAAUGAACAACAUGAAAAUAGAAUAUAAAAAGAGAGAUUUUAUACCGAUGUAGUCCCCACUGUGAAUUUGGAAGGCUGAGGAUAUCAUUAAAGUAACUGCCGAGUGUUUUCAGAUUUCAAUUAAAUAUGACCUAUAAUUUCUUACAAUAGGAGUGAAAUAGUUUUCUAAAUGUUUUAAUUGAGUAUGUUAAAAGAACAGGUUUUCUGUGUUUGAAGGGUGUGGAUGUAGCCUACCAACAGAAUAGUAUGGGUAUAUAAAAGUAUUAACUCAAGUCGGCCGCUGAUUGGCCAGCUCAUCCUCCUCAGGGAGAUGACAUGUUCUAUGAGGAAAUGGCAAGCAUUUUUUAAACGGUCUGUUUGAGAUACAAGUUUGAGGUGGGGUUUUUUUAAGUGUUUUUUUUUCUCUCCAAUUUAUGCUUUGUUCACAAAUACAAGUAUAGGAUGAGUCAGCAACAUUAUUUGGAAAUUAGUUAACAGAAUAUGAACUUUUAAAAGGGAGAUUUUCACUGGGCAGUUACUUUAACAGUACAUAGCCAUAAUACUAUACACAGCCUGAAUCAGGCCUUUCACUUCUUGGUUUACAACUUGCCUUUCAAUAUAAUCUUUAUUUUAUCAUUUUUGUCUAUAAAAUGCUCUCAAAUUACUAUUGCUCUGAUGUCACUGAGCAUAUCACUCAGAAACUGUGUUGGUAGCAGUACACAACCCUGGGGAGCACCAUCACAAGUAAGUUAUAACUGUUAUCUACAGUAGGUUCAGUAUCCAGAGUACCUAUAUUUGAAUAGUUACAUGUAUGGGAUGUAAGACUUUUAAAUUAAAGGAAUUCACACACUCCAUAAGUUGGGGGAUCAAAGUCAAUGUAUAGAGAUGAAGAAAGAAUUUAGAAUAGAUUGUAAUUGUUAUGAUGAAGUAAAAUUUGAUUUAACUAUUUAAAAAUAAUUAUAGAAAUGAGGGGUUGUUUACUUUGUACGGUAUGUUGAUAUACUGAAAUGAUUAUCAACAACAGAGCUGUAUGAACAGACAAAUUAUCGGAAUAUCGGACGAAUGGGCAAUGAUUCAGUCGUAUCAUAUUCUUGUGUUUGAUCAAACCUGAUGACACACAGAGACAGUCUGAAACUGCAGUGUAAAGACCUGACCUAAUUUUAAGAUGACUCACAAUGGAGAAGACAAUCAAAUAAACAUAUUUAUGGAUACAUCUAUGAAACGUGCAAUAUAUCAAUCUCCUCUCCUUCUUCUAGAUGGUUGACGGGUUCUUGUACUCCAAGACUGUUGUGAUGUUUUUUGAAAGAUAUUUAAAAACAAUAUUUGGUAAGACAUUUCCAGAAUUUUACACUAUUUAAAAACAACUACUGAUUAAAUCUAGGACGAGAUACUGUGCCAUAUACUUUUGGUAGUAAAAACAUAUCUAUACUCCCACAUUCCUUCAUAAAGUGUCAAAGUUUUCAUAUAGUUCUACAGUUUUUAAUACCACUUCUACAUAUUAGUAUUUGACACAGCUAAACACAAUGUGAAGGAUGAAUUAAUAUACGUUUCAUGUACAUUUCUAUUGCAAGUGUAUUUAAAUACUUUAUUUUGUACAAAAAAAAAUGACAGUAUUAUUAAAUGUUAGAUGCAUGAACUGAAUUCAAUGUCAAUAGAUUUAUUUUUUAACUUGUGUUUGACCUGUGUUUUAGUUGCUGCUGUGAUGAUGAGAAGAACGAACACAUGUGCUUUUUUUCCCCAGUAUAAUGUACAUCUGUAAAUACUUUUCAUAAAUCUAAUAAAGGUCCUUUGGAGGAAAAGAUAGAGGGGGAAAAAAACGUACAUUUCUAAAUGAAGAUUUUGUCAUUUGUGUCUUUGUUACGGUAUCAAUUCAGAGGAUCACACAGAGUGGGUAUAGAACCCGUGACCCUGCUGUGCCCUGUUGUUCAAAUCACAUUUUAUUGGCCGCACAC